CUUACUAGAACUUAGAAGGGGAGGACAGGAGCAGGAUGAAGAAGGGGAGGGCUCAGUUGUGAGGAGCUAGCGCACACGGGACAGUGUCUGACAGAAGGGAAGAGAGCGGCUGAGGCAACUCAACGGUACUGACACUUUGGGCGUAAGAACAUUUGCUGAACUCCCUUCAGGUUCCUGCGCAAUAAGUUCACCCCCCGCACUACCAUUUGCCGGGCUUCCCUAAGGAUGAGCCAGUGGCCAGGACUUAUCAAGCUCGUGUCAGCUCAAGCUGAGAGUGUAUCACCCCCGGGCUCUCUGCUCAACUCCAACUUCUCCUCGUCACCAGCUUAAGAACAAAACUCAGCGUCCUGUCAAGCGGCAGCCCCGUCACGUCAAAGCCCUCUCCUUGUCAUGAGCUGAACACUCUUUGCCCCUCGUCCUCCCGAGGGAUAAUGGCAGUGGGGACACAGCCUCAGGCGGACAAUGGGAGGCUUCCCUCGCUGGCACCAGUAUCCGGCCAGGAGAGCGGCAUGGAGUUUAUGGCCCUUACGGCUGUACAGACGGACAGAGGGAGCCCUCGGCGUCUGGGUCUUUUGGGGACCCCAAUCCCGGGUGGCUCGAGGAGCUCAUCCUCUCACAAGAAGUACCGGCGGCUCCAGAACUAUCUGUACAACGUACUGGAAAGACCCCGAGGUUGGGCCUUUAUAUACCAUGCCUUCAUAUUCUUUUUGGUGUUCAGCUGCCUGGUGCUGUCUGUAUUCUCCACUAUUCCUGAGUAUAAUCACUUAGCAAACAAAGGCCUCUUCAUACUGGAAUUCGUGAUGAUUGUGGUGUUUGGGAUGGAGUAUGUUAUUCGCAUCUGGUCUGCAGGGUGUUGUUGCCGUUACCGAGAUUGGAAGGGACGACUGAGAUUCGCCAGGAAGCCCUUUUGUGUGAUUGAUUUUAUUGUUCUGGUGGCCUCACUGGCUGUUAUUGCAGCUGGGACUCAGGGUAACAUUUUUGCCACAUCUGCUCUGCGUAGUAUGCGGUUUCUUCAGAUCCUGCGCAUGGUGCGCAUGGAUCGGAGAGGAGGCACAUGGAAAUUACUGGGUUCUGUUGUGUAUGCUCACAGCAAGGAGCUGAUCACUGCUUGGUACAUUGGAUUCCUGGUGCUUAUAUUUGCUUCUUUCCUGGUAUAUCUGGCAGAAAAAGAUGCCAAUAAAGAGUUUUCCACAUACGCAGACUCUCUUUGGUGGGGCACGAUUACACUGACAACUAUUGGAUAUGGUGAUAAGACCCCUCAUACAUGGCUUGGGAGAGUACUGGCAGCUUGCUUUGCACUUCUGGGUAUAUCUUUCUUUGCCCUGCCUGCGGGAAUUUUGGGUUCUGGGUUUGCCCUUAAAGUUCAAGAACAACAUCGACAGAAGCAUUUUGAAAAGCGGCGGACACCAGCAGCUAAUCUUAUUCAGGCUGCCUGGCGUUUGUACUCCACUGAUGUUAGCCGUUCCUACCUCACAGCUACAUGGUAUUACUAUGACAGCAUCCUACCUUCCUUCAGAGAGCUGCUCCACUUGUUUGAUACCUGGCAUCGAACCCGCAGCCGCAAUGGAGGGGUUAGGCUCUAUCAGGGGUCUCCUAGCUAUCAGCGAGUCCCCUCCACCCUGAAACCUGCAACACCCCCUUUCUGUAGUGGGGAAAGUAGUAAAAUGGGCUUGAAAGACCGGAUGCGAGGGACUAGUGCACCAAAACAGAUCGCACGAAGCAAACAGUACCUGGCUCCACCAGAGCAGGCUUCACCUGGUACAGAGCCUGCAGCAGAGACUCCCAGUCCUACAAAAGUGCAGAAAAGCUGGAGCUUUAAUGACCGCACAAGACUCCGUGCAUCACUAAGACUUAAAGCGAGGCCACAGGCUGAUGAGGGUCCUGGAGAUGAUAUUAAUGAUGAAAAGAGACUGCCAAAUGAUUUGACUAUGGAGGAUGUAAUGCCAACUAUAAAAACCCUGAUUCGAGCCUUUAGAAUCCUUAAAUUCCUUGUGGCAAAGAGGAAGUUCAAGGAGACUCUACGGCCAUAUGAUGUAAAGGACGUGAUUGAGCAGUAUUCAGCUGGACAUUUGGAUAUGCUUGGGCGCAUAAAGAGCCUGCAGGGCAUGGUGGAUCAGAUCAUUGGUCGGGGACCUAUGCCUGUAGAGAAAAAACCUAGAGAUAAAGGAGAAAAGGUUUCCACCACAGGAACAGAAGUUGAAGCUGCGGAUGAGCUGAGCAUGAUGGGAAGGGUAGUGAAGGUUGAGAAACAGGUCCAGAGCAUUGAAGAUAAACUUGAUAUACUGCUAGGUUUCUACUCCCAGUGUCUUCAGAGAGGUCCAGUCAGCUCUUUCACAUUGACCUCUAUGCAAAUGCCACUGAUAGACCAAGAAAUGACAUCUGAUUACCAGAGCCCUGUGGAUCCAGUGGACAUUUCAGUGUCAGCACAGACACUUAAUAUAUCUCAUUCUGCCAGCACCAACAUGGAGUGCGAAUGAGGGAGCAAGAGAGUAAGUUCUGACCUCAUUACCAGCUCCUUUUGAACAGAAAAAAAGAGGGCGGGUGUGCCUUUACACGAGGAGUAACAGGGAGAGACAUCCUCUGCAGAGACUAAGCAAAGCCUUUGCUUCACUUGCUUCUGCUGCUCCCACCAAAUUUAGAAAGACUAAAGAACUUACUCAACCGAGAAAGCAAUUUCACUGGAAACAGGACGUUGGUCUUUUGAGCCACAGAGAGAUUACAACUGUUUAGAGAAGCCAUAUUUACGCUCAUGUAAAGUGGGAAGGCUUUGACUCCAUCUGCCCUUUUUUCACCAUGACAUUUAUAUGAUGUUUUCCAUCAGGCUCCAAAGUCCCAAAACAUAUUUUUUCCAUACAGCAGUGAAGAAGAAAUAAUAGAUAUAAAAUAACAUAAAGAUGUUCCAUCCAGCAUCCAUGUCUUGCUUCCUUGAUGGAUGUCAUGCCUAGUCUCUAAAAAGUGCCUCAAAGACUUAAAUAUAUAAAUGCUGCUCCCAUACAGCCUUCAUCUCCUGGCAUGGGCAGCAGGAGGUUUAGUUCACUUAAAAUAUGCCACUUCCAAGCAUGCUAGGCAGGGACUUUUGCAUUGAUCCCACCAACAUUAUGCAUUUCUACCUUUAGCUGUGCUUGCUAUCUAAUCUAAUCUCAUAUCAUCACAUCUGACCCCACAUCAUAAACAUGCCUUCAAGAGAAUGACUUCCUCUAAACCAAGCACAAUGCUACACAACAAUGUUCUGGAUCUUUAUUUUUUAAGCUUCUGCAGAUAUAUAAGGUUAGAGCAGGGAUCCCCAACCUUUUGAACCCAUGAGCAACAUUCAGAAGUAAAAGGAGUUGGGGAGCAACACUAGCAGGAAAAGUGUUCCUGGGGUGCCAAAUAAGAGUUGUGA